AUGGCAACACGGAGAAACAGAGAUAUUUUCUUGGGUGGAUUUGCAAAUCUCUUUAUUGAACAAUGGCAAGUCGACCUACGGCUCAAGGCAGGGGACUCUAAAAAGGGUGAAGCUAUCUCUGUCCACAAACUUGUUAUGGCAGCAACAUCAGAGGUGUUUAAGAAGAUACUGGAAUCAGACAAGUUCAAGGCUUCGGAUGGUAAGAUCGAGACAAUAACUCUCUUUGAACUUAAACAAGAACCAUUGGAGGGUUUAGUUGAGUUCAUUUACGACAACAGCUCGGUGCUUUCUGAAAAAGAGAAGAAACAUGUUCAAUCACUUUAUAUAGCAGGCGACAAAUAUGAGAUUCUGCAUUUACGGGAACUAUGCAGAAACGAGCUUAUAGCAUCUCUUGACCCAUCGAAUGCUCUUAACGUCUUGGAGCUGUCCUUGAUUCCAUUUGACGAAGCAUUGAAUGACUCUGCUGCCAGCUUUAUCAUAAUGAAUUUGGAGACUAUAUGCGAAACUGCUGAGUUCAAGGCUUUCGUCCGCAGGAAUCCAGAUCUUUCUGUUGAAAUAAUGAAAGCUUCUUACACUCGGAUGUGGAAUGGUCGUUAUGUCAACUAG